AUCCCAGUUACUAAGUAGUAAUCUUAUUUUCUUUCUUCUGAAGGUCUUUACAUUUUAUGCAAUUUAGAAACUCAUGUUUGCAUACAAAAAAGGAUAACUUACAAGGAAUAAUCUUGUUGUAAAAAAAGAAACUAUUUUUUUUAAACAAAAAUCGUUCAAUUCCACUACAUGAUGGCGGAUGGGAACGUUAGCGAUUGUGAACCUUUGCCUUCCACCUUCGACAGUUUGACUAGCACGGAUGAUAGCUUCAGGUGUAAUUCAGAGUCGCUCCAAAGAAGAAACCCGGCCCUCGCUGUACCUAAUGGAAAAACACACCACCUGUUCUUCUCUCAUAGUUCUGACGACCAGCAAUGGGUUGAGAUGUGUGUAGAGCGACUGGAACAAGACUAUGGGAUCAAGUGUCUGUGGCCUCCGAGAGAUUUCACUCCUGGGAAGCCGAUUCUUUCUCUUAUUGAAGAUGGAAUGUCACGUGCCAUGAAAAUAGUUCUGGUUUUGUCGCCAGAAUACAUCGACAGUGGCUGGUGUUCCUACGAAAGACACCUGGCGUUUGUUUUGUCUGUCCAAGAGAGACGGAACUGCAUCAUUCCAGUGAUGCUGAAACCCUGCCCCGUGCCAGACGUGCUGAGAACUGUCAACUACAUCGACGUCACCAAGGGAGAGAAUGAAUGAAUGAAUGAAUGAAUGUUUAACGACACCCCAGCACGAAAAUUCAUCGGCUAUUGGGUGUCAAACUAUGG